AUGACAACAGGGUCCCCUCCUCAACCUGUACGUAUCGGUUUACGUGACGACGGACCAUCUCCCGUCAUUCCGCCUUUCUUCGAUUCGCCUCCGAGUACUCGUGGUUCUAAACUAGCGCACCGGAGCAACACGGUCGGUAUCACUACGCCAUAUACUUCAGCCGCGGAUGCGGCUAAGCUAGUCCCUAAGCUACCAGCAAGAAGCAAGACGGAGCGGGGUUCGAAGGCAUUACAUGCAAGUGCACAACAGCAUUAUGCUACUCCGAGUAUUGCUAGUAGUAGCGAUGAAACAGGGAAAAGGAAAGUCAGAAUAUGUAUGAAGUGUGACAAGAGGAUUGAUGACGGAAGGUGGAUUUCGAUUGAAAACCCUGGCGAGAGGAAGCGGAGGAGUGUACUUUGUGAGAGCUGCUGGAAGAACAUGUAUCUGCCUAAGUGUCGUCGAUGUAAUCUUCCAAUCGAGAAACAAGCUGUGUCAUCUUCAGACGGGCAGCUCAAAGGCAAAUAUCACAAAGAUUGCUUCAAUUGUUUCACUUGCAAUAAACCCUUCCCAGAUAAGGUCUUCUACGUUUACGACGGCCGUCCUCUCUGUAAAUACCACUACCACGAGGCCAACGAAUCGCUCUGUGCGGCAGCAAUAUGCGGUCAACCUAUCGAGGGACCCUGUGCCGUUUCGCAUACGGGUGAUAAGUAUCAUCCAGAGCAUUUGACGUGCGAGUGGGGCGGACUGCCGAAGUGUGAUGUGAAACUUAACGAAGAAUAUUGGGAGCUCGAUGGGAAGAUGCUCUGCGAAAGGCAUGCAAAGAGUGGUGCUGGUAAGAGUGACGGGAACGGCAAUUGGGGAGAUGAGAAGCGAUUUGAAAGGGAAGAGGGAAGAGCGAGCGGGGCUAGGAAGAGGAUGACAAGGUUCGUAGAUUUAGGGGCGUUGGGUGAUCUUAGAUGA